AUGAAAGUCCUCGUGCAGACAAGCAUUCAGGUUGGCUCUUCCCUCGAGAGGUACCUGAGAGCUUAUGCGGAUGAGGUAGCCAGCCCAUUCUGGGUGUUGCAGAAGGGAGGAUGGGUUGCAGGAGAGGCUCUCCGCGGCCAGGACUCGGGCCGAGCCGCGUGCCUGCUUUCCCGGCAGCCGCUCCCCGAACGCUCCCAGCCUCCGGAGAGCCGGAUGCUGCACGCGGGGCCGGCCGCUGGCGCGGAGGAGCGCGUUGUUCCUCUCCUCCUAAAACUUCUGAAGAGAAAGACGUCUGAAACAGGGCUACAGGGAGUGACUGGAGAAUGGUUUGAAGAAAUACAAAGAAAAAAAUUUCAGAAUAACACUGAUGUCCAUAGAAUGCUGAAGCAACCCCUAGAGCAUCAGCUCAGGAAGAGCAAAAAAAACAAUCAUAAAGAAUUGAAAAUGUCGUCCUGCACAAGUCCUCAAGCACAAAAGAACUCGUCAGCUUCCUUUUUGGGGUUCAGAUCACCUUUGGCUUGGCUUUUCUCCUUUAGAAAAUCAAGGAAACACGAGACUCCGAAGGAACCACGAUAUGACUGUUCUGCUAGCACAUCUCCAAAUGUGGAAGAAAUGGCAGCAGCAGAAACAUAUAAUUCCCCAACGUCAGCUGAACCAAGUUGUCCUUCUUUCGAUGCAAACCAAGGUGAAUUGAUGGAAAAAACUCCAGAGGAGUGGAAUGAACAGCUAGAGAAGGAGUUCUUCCGUGUUCUAGAUGAUCUGGAUGACCAGCUGGCCCAGGAACAAGCCCAGGAUCCUUUGGACAAGACAGUUCCUCCUAACAGUGCAAAUGUGCAGCCCAGCAAAGCCUUUGGUGCUUGCGGGAGGCCGGCUACGGUGCGAGGGCAGCGCAGAGCCGCCUGGAGCGACCUGCCUAGUGCGUUUUUUCCAGAUGGACUGAGAACAAUCAGAGCCAAAGAGGAACACAAGAUUUUCAUCAGGCCCAGGAAAUUACAAAGUGCUUACAUAAAUUGGCACCAGGCAGCCUUUAAAGAAGAUUACAAAUAUGGUGAUCCAGUUGAUGGAAAUCCUCACCUACUAAGCAGCAGACUGUCUUCUAUUUCGUAUGGACAGUCUUCAGAAGGUAGUUUGUAUCCUCCUUCCAUAACGCAGAACAGUGGGUUUAGGCACAAGCAUUACAUGAACAGGGACACUGCUGGCAGAAGUUACUCUGUGUGUUCCCUUCGGAGGUGCUCAUCCUCAGUCUCUUCAGAGCAGCUAUCAGCAUCUGCUUUACAGCAUCCCUUGGCAAGGGAGAGCAACGAUGGUUUUAUACCGAGGUUUGGUCGACAAAAUCCAAAGAGAAUUCCUCUGUCUUCUAUCGUCUGGAACAAUACGCCGGAGUCUGCAGCUCAAACAUCAGCUCAAGAAAAAAUGUUUCGAACCCAAUCCCUGCUGGAGUUCCAUGCAACAGACCAUGGCAGAUAUCCCAGCCCUUUGCAGGAAGGUAGGAAAUAUGCUUGUUACCAUUCGAAACACCACUACAAAAGAUCUCUUUCAAGUAGUAAUUGUUUCAGCAGAGUGAGUUGUCCUGACAAAGCUGCUUCUCCAUUGUCCUUUGAUAACUGGGAAAAUUAUCCAUUAUACAAAUCAGAAAAUAAUCUCUCUAAGUCCUGCUCUAGAGAUACUUCUUCUCAUGGCAAGCUAUAUAUAAACCAAAAAAAUUCUCCCUAUGGGAUAAAAGAUAACUAUCCUUUUUGGGCUGAUAUACCUCCGUACCACAGUGACACAGUGUUCAUUUCCCCUGAUGCCAGCUUUGAAGUGGUUAUGGCUAACUUAAAUGACCGUCAGUGGACGCACACAAAGAAUGCCAAGUAUGCCACCCAGCGCCUGCAGAGUGAUUUCCAUAGGUAUGCUCCAGAAAACAUGAGCAUCAAAAAGAUAACAAGAAGUAUAAGUAACAGAACUUUUUCAGAAUUCACUGACAGCUGCCAGCCUUGGCUGAGUUGUAACUCUCCAGUUUCUUCAUGUUUCGCCAGAAGUGAUGAGCCAGUCUUUCCUGAUUCAGGGGACCAACCAAAACCUCUAGGACAGAACAGCAGUUCAGUCGUCGUUACUCAGAGAAGUUCUGAGAUGGGCUUGGAGCAACUAGAUGAUGUCGAAGAUAAGAAUCUGCUGGAUGAAGUAGCUAUUAAAGACAUGACUUUACUGUCGGUUUCUCAACAAGCAGAUACAAACUACACCAACACCCAGAGUUUUCCAUGCAGUAACUCUGCUUCUGCCAUCCUGCCAAGCAGUUCAUCUCUCUUUAACCCACUGAGAUCAAAGGGACAGCCCCAAGUCACAGCCAGAAGAGAGGCUGCAAAAACAGAUACAUCAAACAAUAAUAAAAGAAAGGUGCAAAUGAAGGGAAAUGACCUCCCACCCAGCAGGGGGUUCAAUCAGCCACCCUGUGUUUUGCCAGCUGAGGAGAGCAGAAAGGAAUCUUUUCUUCCAAGCCAGAAGCCAUGGGAACAUAAUCUGCGUUAUGCAACAAAAAGUAUUAAAGUGGAUAAUCAGAGUACAGAAAUAGUUAAUCAAGUUACAGCAAAGGGAGAGUCUUCGCUUGUGGAUGUUGAUUCUGCUCCAUCCCCUGAAACACUAGUGAGCCAUCAGGGCAUGGUGCUCAGUCCUCAAUGUUCAUCUAGUUCCUCAGAAAGCUCUUCACAAGCACUUUCUCAUAAAGACAAUUUAAUAUGUCCAGAAACACUAACUAACUCUUCAGGAACUUGCACAGUUACUGAAGCUCAAGCAGAAGGUGGAAAAACAACUCAAGUGAGCACAGUGGAUGCUACCAAAAAGAUUUCACAGAAAACAUCACGAAGUCCAAGCACUUUAGUUACCAGGGAGUGCAAUAGACAAUUCACUACUAGUUGUGCACAAAAUGAAAGCUCUGGAAAUAUUUAUACACAUAGUUUUGGAGACCCUAAGACCUCUGAACAUAGUUUAAAUUAUUUUUGCCUUGAAAAUGAAAAUGGAAACAUAAGGAAUAAUUCACCUUGUAUUGAAAGGCCUAACAAGCAAGACUGCUCACUGAGAUACACCAGUAGCUGCAGCAUUACUGGCUCCCCUAGCUUCAGAAGCAACCCCAAAUCUUCUGACCCACUUGUUAUCUAUUAUACCUUACCUAGAAAAUCAGCUAGCAUCGCUGGCAGUGUCAUGUCAGAUACAGCCAUCUCUUUACCUAGAGAGAGCAGAACAAGCACCCAGGAGCGUUUAAGGAUGGAAGCACCAAAUAGAACUGAUCCCUUUUGUUCUAAUCAGAGAAGUUUCUCUUGUUCAGACUCAAACCAUUCCUUAACAGCAGCACCAUUAAGUGCUGCUUCAGGUAUCCAAGAAAAAGAUUAUCCUUUCACCAGAAGUCGUAAGGAUUCAGUAAGUAGUAGUACCUCAGCUGGACUGACAGAUAGUUGUAGCGAUCUGAGCAGAGGAGGAUACUCUGGGUUUUCGGACUGCAAGGAAAGGGGAAAUGGUUUGCAGAAAUACAAAACUACAAGCACAUUUACAGUUUGUGUUGAUGAAGACCAUGUCAAGUAUCAUGAACUAGUUUCAAUCUAUUACACAUUACCACGGAGGCAUUCCAGGACUUUUUGUACCCUCUUUAGGGAUAAUCCAGAGGACACAGAAUUGCCUCUUCCCAAAGCAAAUUCUCCAUCACCAAGAGUACAUAACAAGAAAAAUGAAGGCCGUGUGAGUUUAGCAGAUGUGUUUUUCCCUAAUGCUUUGGAAAAAGAGGUGCCUUCGUACUCUUCUGACCAAGUGCCUUCAGCUGUGGUCGCACCUCAGAAUUUAGAAGCUGCUGCUGACAGUAAAGACAGGAGUUCCCCCUUGCCCCUUAGCUCUGAUAAUGGAUGGGGAUGUGCUUCACAGGCAAUAGGUGCAGGACAUGUUAGGAAAGAUGCUUCACCAGUUCUUCCAUUAGCAAAACGUGCACUUCCUGGCACGAGGACAGCAGGCAUUUCUUUUGGUGAUCCACGACCCGCUGCAACAGUGGGUAACACAGGUAAGGGCAGUUCUGGUGCUUCAAGCAAUCGAAUUACAGAAAAGUGUCUAAAAGAAAAGGAAAAUGUGCAAACAGACACUCCAUCUGUCUCCACCUUGCCCACCCCUCCCAAACCAGACGUACCCGUAGAGGAUCUCAGCUAUUCGACCUCGGUAAGUAGGAAGAGUGUGCAAAAGGGAGGCUCUGAGAGCUGCUGUCAGCCCACUAAAGCAAACACAAAUAAAAAUCAGAACAGUCUGCUGCUCCGCACGAGGGUGAAAAGUUCUCUUGGUAGGACCAGUAAUUCUAAAGUGUCAGGUCCUUCAGCUGAAGACAGGCACAGGGAUAAUAUAGAAGUCAAACGAAGAGAAAAUCUGCACCAAGUCACCCCUCUGUAUAGUAAUAGAUGUAGUGGGCUGCAAUUAAGAACUGGCAGUUCAAGAAAUAGCAGAAAUGAUUUAAUUUCCUGUAGCAAAAAGGUUUCAGAAUCUCAGAACACAGCAUCCGUGGAAGACACAGCUUCCGGUGGUGACCCAUCACUUCAGCUAGACAAAAGGGGUAGCACAGGUACAGGUGUGUCAAAGAAUCCAAAAAUUAAAACCACUCAAAAUGUGCAGGAUUCUGAGAUGGGUAAAGAUUACCCAGGUCUGCAGGAGUCGCAGAGGCACAGUGAGACGGGCCUCAAUAUUGACUGCAAAGAUAGAGCCCUUGGGGUUACACAAGAUCAGGAGUUAACACAGAGUGCGGAAAAUGAGAGUAAGCUUCUCUCUGGCUGCACAAGAGACAAAGUAAAAGAUAUAGAAAAAAGGAAAAAUAGACCUUCAAUUAAAAAUAAACUGGCAGCUGUUUACAAAACAAGUCGAAAAUUUUCAAGUAAGAAUUUACCCCCAAAGCCACACAUCAGUAAUAUUUUUUCACAGAACGAUGGAGGUGCCACUUCUGUGGAGGUUGAGCUGCCCCUUGAGUCUUUGCUUUCAGCUGAUGGCAGUCAGUCAUUGCUGCAAUCUGCAAACGAAAACCAGAAUUGUGGUCGGGGCCCUGAAGGCAAUACCCCCAUGCAAGGAACAGCUGAGAGAAAUGAGAAUGAAAAUGAUCUUUCUUUGCUUGCUAAUAACACAAAUUGGAGGUCUAUUAUGAGUUCAUACACUCAGGAAGAAGCAAUUAGUCCCCCCAAAAACACAGUGAGAUUGGAAAACAGACCGAGUCUGUCAGGCCAAGCCCUAUUUCCAGAUAAAAGAGCCACAAGGAAUAAGAAUGCCCAAACACUUGGCCUUGGGUUAGAAAAGAGAAGCCAAGUUCUCUCCCCCCGUGCCACUAAAGCAGACCUGCUGGAUGAUGAGAGACGAGCGAGCAGCAGUGGGUGCAGCCCUCCCUUGCCUCUUCUCACUGACAAAAACUCAAACCCCUUCAUAAAUAGUUGCUCACAGGCAAAUCUAGGUCCAGAGCAAAGCUCGACUUCUCAGAUAGCAUUUGGUCAGCAGCAAAAUGAGUCUAAUAGCUUAAAAAACGCCAAUCUGCGCAGCGAUGAGCUGCGCAAGAGUCAUGCCAAAGCUGCCCGCGAGCGUCACCUUUCCGAGAGGACGCGGGCGUCGCGGGGCCGCUUUGCCUCGGGAAGCAGCCUUCUCCCACAGGAUGGGAGGCAAGGGAAGAGAUUUAAGUCUUACUCAGAGCUGCUGUCCUGCGACGAGAAUGAAAACUGGGCAUCUGAUGACAUAAGAACUUGCAGCGCGAGGAGCCUGAUGUAUCCCUCUGUUGAGUUUGGGAUAUUCGGCAAGGAACAGCAACUGGCUUUCUUGGAAAACAUCAAGAGGUCGCUCACGGAAGGGCGGUUGUGGAGGCCUUGCCUUCUAAAUAACCCUGGCUCCCUCAGAGAUGGGGAGAGCCCUUGUCUAAGCAGACGUGAGCUUUGGAGCUCAAGUUCUGCUGGGAGCAAAAUGUCAUCAGCAGCUUCAUCCCCCAGAGAGUCGACGGAGAUCUGCCGGGGAGAGGCAGCAACGUACUCGGACUCGGACACCGACACUACCACCGACGAUGAGUAUUACCUGGAUGAGGAUGAUAAAGAGUCAGAGCUAUGA